AUGCGGGCUGACCUAGCUUCCAUGUGGAACUCUAGCAAUAGAGCUGGAUAUCUGAGACGAAUCUCGUCGAAAGCUAGCUUUAUAGCUUUGAAUGAGAAAAAUUCAACUCUUGAUUAUGAAAAUUCCGUGACAAUUGACAAUGAUGUCUCAACCAUGAAGGAUCUUUUGGAAGCUGUAUUUCCUUUUGAUAUCCUGCUAGAUCGAAGAAAACGGAAUAAAUUUAUUAAUGAUCUUGACAAAACUUCAGAGAAUCAAACACGACCUAAGGUUGUGCAGGAUGCUGGAAUUGCUUUAGCAUCUCUUGCUGCAUGUGAGGAAACGCUGGAGCGGGAGUUAUUUAUAUCAACUUCUUAUGUUCCUGGAAUGGAAGUAACUUUAUCUAGCAGACUGAAAAGCUUGUAUAGCAUUUACAGCAAGAUGAAACGAAAAGAUGUCGGCAUCAAUAAAGUAUAUGAUGCCCGUGCAUUGAGGGUAGUUGUUGGAGACAAGAAUGGAACUUUACAUGGAUCUGCAAUUCGAUGUUGCUACAGUCUUCUCGACAUUGUGCAUAGGCUUUGGACUCCAAUAGAUGGUGAAUUUGAUGAUUAUGUUGUUAAUCCAAAGCCUAGUGGUUAUCAGAUAAGUAGACAAGGAAAUGGUGAUCUUUCUGAUUUUUCAACCUGGGCAUAUAGCACUAAUGCUGCUGCUGCUGCUACUACUGAGAACAAAUCUUGCCCCAAAUCAAGCGAUCAUAUGAUGCAUAAAGAUGUCCACUCUACAUCUCAUGAUGCAAGGUCUCUGCACACUGCAGUACAAGGUCCUGACAAUGCACCUUUGGAGGUCCAGAUAAGAACACAGAAAAUGCAUGAGUAUGCUGAACAUGGACUUGCUGCCCACUGGCUUUACAAAGAAACUGGAAAAAAGUUGUCUUCCAUUGGCAGUACUGAUGAAUCUGAAACUGAAGCAUCCUUGUAUCUUUCCAAAGAUAUUGAUGAUCAAACUUCCAUAGAAGAUGAUCAGUUUCAGAAGUACAGAUCCCUCAAAGCAGGACACCCAGUCCUUAGAGUUGAAGGAAGUCACUUACUUGCUGCUGUUAUAUUCAGAGUAGAAAAGGGUGGAAGGGAAUUGCUUGUUGCUGUUAGCUUUGGACUGGCAGCUUCUGAAGCAGUAGCUGAUAGAAGGUCUUCUCUUCAAAUGAAGCGAUGGGAAGCUUAUGCAAGAUUGUAUAAGAAGGUAUCAGAUGAGUGGUGGUGUGAACCAGGACACGGUGAUUGGUGUACUUGCCUUGAAAAGUACACAUUUUGUUGUGAUGGUAUGUACCACAAGCAACUUCAUAAUUUUGCUGCUUGGGUUAGGUCUUUCCCUUCAUUAACUAGCACCGAUGAUGGUGGAACUUCUCAAGAUCAAUUUGGGCGCCUAUUGCCGACCUUCAUCCAGGUUAUUGAUCUAACGGAGGAAGAAGAAUCUGAAUAUAGGGCUGUUCUUUCUGCUGUGUUUGAAGGCAAGCCAGUUGAUCCUAUUGCAUCUAGGCCAAGCAUAGACAAUGUUGCUUCAACUUCUAUGGAAGCUAGCAUCAAUAAUAAGGUGCGUCUUUUGAGGACAAUGCUUCAGUGGGAAGAGCAACUACGAUCUGAGGUAAAUCUUGGACAACCAAAGCUUGAACGAAAGUCUUAUAGUAGUCUUGAAUCCGUAGGCCUGGGGGAAGUGGUCAUUGUAUGUUGGCCUCAUGGUGAAAUAAUGAGGUUAAGAAGUGGUAGCACUGCUGCAGAUGCUGCAAGAAGAGUAGGAUUUGAGGGAAAACUGGUUUUGGUUAAUGGUCAGUUGGUAAUACCUAAUACAGAGCUCAAAGAUGGUGACGUGGUUGAGAGCACCAUUGGAGAUGCUCUAAGCAUAAGGAAGUUCAUCCAAUCCGGAUUAGAUGAAGCUAUUGCCAUUAAUUUUGCGUAA